AUGGACGAGCAAGCAGAUAGCGCCAGCCUGGUCCCACGGUUCGUUCUGGACCGGCUGCUGAACCAGGACCAGAAUGACCGCCGCAUCUCACUCCUCGGCUCAAUCGACAGCCAACCAGCUCUCCUGCUCCUCGAGCGCGCCGCCUUCGCCGUCGAUCAGCCUUCUCUAGCCUCAAUCUGCUCCUCUCUCACGCACAUCUCCCACCUCAGCGCAAACGACAUCUACCAUUGGGCCCUGGCCUGCUCUCCUUCCUCGCCUUCCUCGCCGGACCUGAAGCUCACCCUCAUCUACCCGUGCACGCCCCAGCAUGUUGCCAAAUACUCUGUCCAGCCCGUACGCAUGGUCACAGAGACACCAGCCAUCUACCAGCAGCAUGUCCGCCCAUACAUGUCCGGUAAGCGUGAAGCCGGCCGUCUGAACUGGGUCUACAACAUCAUCGAAGGCCGCAAGGAGCAGGAGGAUGUACUCUUCCGCCACGAAGACGAGGAGGAAGGGUUCUUGCUACUCCCGGACUUGAACUGGGAUCGUAAGACGAUGGGGACUCUACGGCUACUAAGCCUAGUCCAGCGGAGGGAUAUCUGGAGUCUGCGAGAUCUACGGAAGAAACACGUUCCAUGGCUCAAACAGAUGCGUGAAAGCAUACUCGAUAGCGUGGUGAAGGUCUAUCCGUCCAUGGAGCGGGAUCAGAUCAAGCUGUAUGUUCACUAUCAGCCAACAUACUACCAUUUUCACAUCCAUGUAGUCAAUGUCAUGCUCGACGCGGGCAAUACGCAGGCUACCGGCAAGGCGUUUGGGCUGGAGAACCUCAUCUCGCAACUUGAGACCAUUGCGGGGGAUGAGGAGGCGGGGAUGGCAGAUAUGGAUCUCACGUAUUACCUGGGAGAGGCCAGUGAGCUGUGGGUGAACGUAUUCGCCCCAUUGAAGGACAACAACCCCGACUGUCCACGCAAUGCGAAGGCGUUUGUGCCUCUCGAAAAUAACCCCGAGGUCAUGUCACAUCUAAUCCACCAACUCGGCCUUCCAUCCUCUCUCGGUUUUGCAGACGUCUUCAGCAUCUCCGACCCAGACCUUCUAGCUUUCAUCCCUCGCCCCUCACACGCCCUCCUUCUCGUCUUCCCGGUCUCACAGACCUAUGAAAAGUCCCGAGUUGCCGAAGACGCUGAUAUCCAACCAUACACUUCCUCUGGACCCCAGGAGCCAGUAACAUGGUUCAAACAGACGAUCCGCAACGCGUGUGGUCUCAUCGGCCUACUUCACGCCGUAUGCAACGGUGCAUCAAAGCGCGAGAUCACGCCAGGCUCCGAUUUAGCAAAAUUACUAGCUGACGCUAUCCCGUUAGCUCCUCAGGAGAGGGCAGACUUGCUAUAUUCUAGCUCUGCGCUGGAGAGUGCGCAUGCCGAUGCUGCUAAGAAGGGGGACUCGACUGCGCCUGAUGCCGAAGAGAAUGUUGAUUUGCAUUUCGUGUGCUUUGUCAAGGGUGAUGAUGGAAAGUUGUAUGAGCUUGACGGGAGGAGAAAGGGGCCAUUGUGCCGAGGAGAGUUGGGUGAGGAUGAGGAUAUGUUGAGUGAGAAGGCGUUGGAUAAGGGGGUUAGGAGGUUUUUGAAAACGGAGGAGGCUGCUGGGCAGGGUGACUUGAGAUUCAGUCUUGUUAGUCUCGGGCCCGUGUUUGACUGA